UGUUUAUUCUUACAUUUUUGUGAUUUCGAAUGUAUCAGAAUAUAUAGGAAAUAACUUUUGCUUUCGCUAGUAUCUUAACAUAAUCAUUUAACCGGGAAAAAUAUAGCUUAGAGGUUUCCGCGGUUACAUUGAAAGCGUGAUAGAAUUGCAUGUGAUAAUCAGUUUAUAUUUAUUUAAUUGUUGGUUUUCAUGAUUUUUAUUUAUAAAGAGUGUGCUUUAAAUCCACUGAUAACAAAGUGUUUGUACUGAACUUAAAUUAAAAAAAAAAACAUGGAUAGUGGGCCUAGUAUUAAACGGCCAAAGCCAGGAGAUAAUGAAGAAGAGCUUUUUCGUAUGCAAGAAGAUUUCUUGAAAUCAAAACAAGAGCCAUCAGCAAAAGUUAUUAAUCUACGAGCUCAAAAUCAAAAAUUAAAUGAAAAACUAGAUACGGGACAGCCUGAGAAUAAACCAACUAAAUUUAGAUCAAAGUUUGCUGAACGAAGAGCUUUAGCAAAAGCACAAUUAUCUACAUCUCAGUCAGAUGGCCCUGUUCUUAAUCCAGAAGUUGUUCAAAAUCUCCAAGAAAAAUCUUCAAAAGAGUUAAUCGAUAAUGUUCAAAAUAUACCAAUAAUUAACUCAAAAAUUAUAAUGGGUAAUAUUGUGGAAAAGAAGCCCGAUAGUCAAGCUCAUCAAUUAUUAUCUGAGUAUUUUUCGGAAGCUUCUAAAAGUACCGGAUUCCCCCAAGUAUUCUCUGUAGAUAGUAAAAAUCGCUCUAAUAAUGCAGGGAGUCUCUUUUAUCAAUCAGUAGCAACAAAGAAUUUUAUAGAUUCUCAUUUAGAAAAAAAUUCAAUGGAUAUUGAUUCUUCAAUAAAACCCUCCAUUAAUUCUGACCAAAGUUUGAUAGUUGAAGGACCACUAGGCUCUGAAAUCCAUAGAGAAAACUUAGAAAAGCUAAAUAAAAUGACUUCAGAAGAAAUUCUAAAAGAAAAAGCUCAUUUGGAAAGUAUUCUUAGUCCAGAUAUAAUCAAAUUCUUAAAAGAAAAAAAAAAGAAAACAACAACACCGCUUCAGAAAAUCAAUAAUAAAGUUUCUGUCAAUGAAAGUAAAACGAGAACUGAAGAAUUAAAAUCAGAAUUACAAGAAGAUACAACGAAUAUAAAUUCAAAAGAAGAAAAUAUGGAGCUAGAUGAUGCGUCAACUGAGCCGCCAACUCAAGUUGCAGAAAUUGUUGAACAAGCAUCGGAAAAAGGUUGGGUUCAUAUGGAUGAAAUAGAGCCUGCAAAAUUAGAAUGGAUGAAAGAAAUUCCAGCGAGCAAUCAUAGUGAUAAAGUGCCUGAAGAACCUUAUAAUGCUCGGUUUGAUUUUUCUGGAAUGCUUUUACCUUUUAAAGAUGACAGUUUACUCAAUAAAGGUUUACAUCAUCAUGGAGAAGAACCAGAUCGUCCAGGAUAUUCUCUUCAAGAAUUACUUCAACUAAGUCGAUCAGCAGCUCAACAACAACGAUGUACAGCACUUACUACUCUAGCAAAUAUUAUGGAACAAAGCAGAAAAGGUUUGUACGAUCAAGUUUUACAUCCUUCACCACUUGCUAUUUUAAAUCAACGAAAUAUAAUGUUACUGUUGAGAUUUUCUCUUGAUGAUUUAUCUGUGGCUAUUGUUACUGCGACGAUGCAAGCUCUCCGAGCAUUUUUAUACAGUGAAGCUGACGAAAUAUGCUUAGAUAGACUUCACGGAUGGAAUUUAAAUGGUGGAACUUGUGUUAUUCCUGAGCUACCAGCACCGAAAACAGAUGUUGAAGAUACAGCUACGUUGAAAGAUCAUGAAUUAGCUCAGUUGGAUUGCGUGGCUGCUGCUAUGAGAUCAGAUAUCGUUUUACGUAUCAGAUACAUAUUAAGCGAAAUGCGCCCGCCUCCUGCAGGUGUAACGUUUGCUUUAGAAAUUUUAAUCAGGCUUGCUAGACAUUCACGUUCGACUGCUUUGAAUAUUGCUACUACUCCACGACUUUUGGAAAUUAUUGCCAACAACUUCAUUCCUAUAUCUACUCAACGACUUGUUGAUAUUGAAUUAUUAUCUAACGCUUAUGGCGUUCCAAACGUGUCAGCCAUUCGUCUAUGUCGUAUUUUACUCGAAUAUGCUGGAAGACCAGUUGCAGAUCGUCUCAACAACUUGAAAAUUAUUCAUUCUUUAAUAUCAUACAUUACUACUGAUACAGGUGAAGCUGGACUUCGUCUUUCUAUCGAAGCGCUACGUUUAUGGAGAUUUUUACUUACUCAUGGUUUAGCUGUAGAUAGUUUAUCUGCUUCUAGUCAAAUGUUAGCUUCACAGCUGCAACUUUUAUUAAGCAAUCAUGAUCUCGGAAAUACUUCAGAGCUCUCAUGUGAAUAUGCUACAGCUUUGGUACAUAUUUCUAUGCUUGAAACUUCAUUAAAACCAAUUAUUUCUACAUUAUUAAUGAAAUGGAGUACACAAUUAUCAAAUAUUUCAUCAGUAACAUGGAGUAAUACUAAAUUAGUUGCAAUCACAUUACGAGUGACUGAAGACAUUUCAUAUUUCAAAACUGGCUGGAUAAAUAAUGCUAAAGUUUUUAAUAAUAUCUGUUCUACAUCAAAUUUAUUAAGCGAAUAUGUAACAGCAUCUGAAAGAGAUUCAUCAUCACUUCCAAGCUUUGGAGUUAUUGCUAAAGACGGGCAGCUGCAACCAGCGGUAUCUUUAAACUCAUGUUUUCUGUUUUUAGCUACAGCCUGGAGCACUUUUCUCAAAGCUAAGAUGUUUAAUGAACUAGAAAUUAUCUUGAAUAAUACAGAUAUAAUGAAAUAUCUGAAAAAACUCGUAAGUAAUGAUUGGUCCCUUCAAAACAGCUGGUAUACCAGAUCCGAAUUAUCUUUUAUUAUAGAAAUAGUUCGAAGUAUUGCACAAUUUAAAGUAAAUGAUAUGAUAACCGAGUUAAUAUGGAAAAUUGGAGUAAAACUGAUACCAGUUUUAUCAUCAGAUACUUCUGAAAUAGUUAAAGAAAUUCUUGGAAUUAUUUUCUCCAAUGAAAAAAUGAUACUUCACACACUUUCAGAUCAUUUGAACGCGUUGAAAUUAAAUGAAACUCAAGAAAUGAUUUCACAUCACUUACCUGAUAAUAUUGCAAGUAUUUAUGAGGAAUAUAUAUCCAGUGAAAAUAGUUGGAAUCAGCAAGCAAUGCCGAAAGAUUGGCUGUAUCUGCCUCUUGUUGCCUGCUAUACACAAUACAAAAAUAAAACUAAUUGGAAUGAAAACGACACAAUUAAAGUAAUUACCUCCUUAAGUCUGGAAGUAACAAUGCCUGAGUUAUUUCAUGAUUUAUCACCAAGCUUACGCUAUUCUCGUCUGAUUUUAGUAUUUCUCUGUGACACAGUUUACUUAAAUAAAAUAGUUUCAAUUUUAUUAACUAAUGUUAUGUCUGAAGUGGUGAGUAAAUAUUAUAAAAGCUUCGAUUUUUAUACUGAGCUUCCAGGACUCACUUCCUUCACAGAUCUGUAUACAGCAAUGUGUGAAUGUUUUUGUGCCAAUUCUUACGGAGAUGAUAAUUUCUGUAUGGCUUUAUUGGUUCCUAUUGCACAAAAACAUAGUAUUCAUUACCGACGAAUGCUGUGGUCAGAGCAUGCAGGAGCUUUACGCUACUUGAAACUUCCUCCAGAGCAAUUAUUAAUUCCUCUCAAUGAAUUUCUAUAUCCACUUGAAGAGGAUAUAUCAUUGAUAGAGAGUUAUAUUACAGCUUUAGUUCGAAAAAAUAUUAGAAAAGAGUGGUGUCCUGUUUUAUACAUAAUUGCCAUACAUCAUUCAGCGAUGUUUCUUCAAGGAACAUCCAAAUUGGCAACUAGAAUGCGUGCUGGGAUAGCAUCGAUAAAAGACGCCAAUUUGGCGGAGAGUUUGUUAAAUUAUGUUCCAAGCUAGUGAGGUUGUUAAAUCGAUUACAUAUAGAAACCGAAUGUUAAAAAUGGCUUCAAAAACAGAUCAUAAUUUGCGUCAUGAAGUCAAUUUUGUGCAGUGAAUAAAAUUAAAAUGAAAUAAUAAAUUUCAUAAAUAAAUAAACAUUACGAUAUAGAAAAAUUGUAUAACACAACAAUAUAUCUUUACAAUUCUAGUAUUUACU